AGUAAUAUGUUUCACACAAAUUUUUGAGCAGCAGGAUUUCAUUGUCCAGAAAUCUUUACCUACAUUUUUGUAAUGUUUAAAGCAGUUUGCAGGAAUCCUAAACAGUUAAAACCAGCCAUAAACCUUUUUCUGUCAGAUUAGUUCUGCAGCAUUCAGUAAGUCAGAGGUGUUCUCUUGUCACGAGUCAAGCCUUCAGGAACCAGUCUGCAGAGGAAGUUGUCAUCUGUGCACCUGCUCCACCCCAUGUGCAAAUCUAGAGCGGAAGUCAGUUUUCAGUGCAACAAGACACAGGUGAAAACCAGGGAUGGGGACAGUCCCGAUCGACAUCAGGAGGCUCUUGAGUGAUUGUGAGUAUUUUGUGGCGGAGAUCCUUCAUGACGAGAACCUAAGUGAAAGCACAGAAGAGACGCGGAACGUCCUACUGAAUAACUUUGAGGUGGUUAAAGGAAGAUUUCCUCAGGAGUUUUCUUUACCAUCACGCUCAGUGGAAGAAGAUGGUUCUGAUGACAACCGCAGCUCCAGUUUGGGUCGUUCUGCUCCUUCAGAUGAUGCCUCAGACUACCAGGAUGAAGCCUCUGAGUUUUUUGACGACAUCCCCAUUUUAGGAGCUCAGGAUCUCGUCAACGUGUUAAAGCAAGGCUACUUGGAAAAGAAACGAAAAGAUCACAGCUUCUUCGGCUCAGAGUGGCAGAAACGGUGGUGUGUCCUAAACAACACAGUGUUUUACUACUUUGGGAGUGAAAAAGAUAAACAGCAGAAAGGCUCGUUUCAUAUCGGUGAAUACGGCGUGCAGCUGGCGAGCAACCUGAGAAAAGACUCCAAGAAAAACGCCUGUUUUGAGUUCACCGCUCCCGGUCGACGCACGUUCCAGUUCACAGCCAGCAGCCCUCAGGAGGCCCGAGAAUGGGUGGACCAAAUUAAUUUUGUUCUCAGAGAUCUCAGCUCCAAUGUCAUCCCCGUUGACGACGACGAGGAUGAGGAGGAGACCUAUGAUGACAUUGAGGGGCUGGCCAACUCUACCCCACCAAGGCUGCCCAAGGCCUCCCACAUAAGCAGAGGAGGUGGAGGACAGGAGAUGAUGGAGGCUGAUGAAGACGGUGACGAUAUCUACGAGGAGCUGCCGGAAGAGGAGAAUCCAGAAGCAGCAGAUGACAGCGUGGAGGACAAUAAAUCAGCUGGGUCAACAGAAUAUGCUAACUUCUACCAGAGUUUAUGGGACUGCCAGGCUGACGAGCCAGAUGAGCUGGGCUUUAAGAGAGGAGAUCUCAUCUACAUCAUCAGCAAGGAGUACAACAUUCACGGCUGGUGGGUCGGCGAACUGGAAGGCAGCGUCGGCAUCGUCCCCAAAGACUUCCUGCAACCCGCCUACAUCCUCUGAGCUCCAACAGCCGCCGCCGCCAACAUCCAGCCGACAGACACAUCCGAGCAUCUUUUAUCAUCUUUCUAAUGUACAUUCCUACUAGAUGUCCUCAGUCCCUAUACACUAUAAACAUCUCAAACCAAACAAACGUUUGAGAAACUAGAUCUGAAACUGAUUAAACUUAAAUGUAUUUUUUUGUUUUAAUUUAUCUGUGGAAGCUGAUUGUUAAAUUGACUCUAAAUGAGUUACAAACUAUACGCCCAUUUAUUUUUUGAAAGAUUUUCCAAAAUAAAAGUAAUUUCAUCCACUUG